UGUUUAACCUAACAGGCAUUUAAAUUAAACAUUUUCUUGCACAGAUGUAGGCCUAUUGAAGUUGUAUUUAUUUACUUUUUAAAUUAUUUUCUUUUAAAGAUGGUUGAUUCCGCAGAUUGGUAGGUCUAGUUUAAAAAAAAAUGUUUUAAAAGAUUAGUAAAAUAGAAUAGUUGCACAUGCAGCCUUCACAUUGUUUUUCUUUCUCCAUCUUUCUUUCUCUGCUUUAUAACAGUGAGAAUCAAUCAGUAACAAGACAGAAAUUAUAGAAACCAUGUGUUCCCAAACGUAAAAGAUAACCACUGUUUGAUUGGAAAUGUUGUGCAUCCUGACUUUACAGAUAUACAGUUACAGAAACACAUGACUAGAAGAUAAGUUAUGUCCAUCUUUAUCAUUACACUGACUUUGGUGGUACUUCAGACUCCUGCACAGUGCUCAGGGGCCAAUCUUAAAAUUGGCGUCCCUGAAAACUAUGAUGGUAUUUUCCCAUGGUACCUGGCUAAGCUCCCUAACCUCCCAGCUACCUCCACUGACGUGGUGGUGACAGGGGACGAUGAGGGGAUCUUUGGAGUUGAGGCAGGAUUUCUUUACGCCUUGAAGCCUCUGGACAGAGAGAAGCAGCCAUCUUACUCUCUGCAGGUGUCCUUCUCAGCAUCCGUGCAGUCUCAGAGCUUUAUGGUGGAGGUAUGCGUCAUUGACAAAAACGACAACGUGCCUGUGUUUAUCGAGGAGAGCAUGAGAGGCAGUGUGCAGCUGGGACUUCUGAAAGGGAUCUCAUUCAUGCAGGUGGGGGCAUCUGACCGUGACGACCGUAACACAGCCCAUGCUGACCUGCGCUUCAGCCUGAUGGACCAGACCCCCAGGAUCCCCUCCAGUCACAUGUUCUUCAUAGACUCUGUGACCGGCGAGGUGUCUCUCACUGAGGACGGGGCUUCCACCCUGGACCCAGAGAUGUGUGGUCGCUACAAGCUGUCAGUGAUGGUGAAGGACAUGGGGGGGAAACCCAACGCUUUCUUCUCCACGGGCAUCGUGACAGUGGAGGUGACGGGGAACACCUGGGCGUCACCGGACCCUGUUCGCCUCCAGGAGAACCUCCCUGGCCCCUACCCCAUCCCUAUCUCACAGGUGAAGUGGAGUGGAGGUCUGGUAGAGUAUAGCCUGGAGGGGGAAUUCCCAGAGAUGCUGUUCACUGUCAGCAGAGAGGGAGUCAUCUCUCUCAACGCCCCACUAGACAGAGAGACUCAGGACCAGUUCCAGAUCAGCAUCGUGGUGGAGCGUCCGGAUGGCAGGGAGAUCGCCAAGCCUGUGGAGCUGAGGGUGAUGGUGGGCGAUGCCAACGACAACAGGCCCACGUUCCCUACCACACAGUACCACACCGUGGUCAAGGAGCUCGCCCCACGGGGGACGGAAAUCCUCACAGUUCAAGCAGCCGACAACGAUGAUCCGAAAACAGAUAACGUGAGGAUCUUCUACCGGCUGGUUGGCCAGAUCCCAGAGAGCCCUCGUGCCUUGUUCCGGGUGGACCGUGACUCGGGGGUCAUCUCAGUGCAGGCAGACAACCUGGAGGGAGCCGCCCCACAGUACACACUGACCAUCACUGCCGAGGACGCUAAAGGCCUAAACAGCUCCUGUACUGUGGUUGUGACAGUGCAGGACGAAAACAACAACCCACCCGUCUUCACUCCACACGAGUAUGGCCCCUUCCACCUGGCAGAGGAUGCUCCUUUGGGAGCCACGGUAACGGCUGUGUCAGCAUGGGAUGCUGAUGAGAGGGGAGGAGACAGCUGGCAGGUGAAUUACAGGCUGGAGUCUGGCAACGAGGAGGAGGUGUUCAUGCUGGUCACAGACAAGCAGACCAAUGAAGUUUCCCUCAUCCUCUCCAAGGUGCUGGACUUUGAGCGGGAGAGCGAGUACAUCCUGGUCCUUAGUGCUCAAAACCCAGUGGCCCUGGUACGAGGGAGGUAUGGCCCAGCGUCCACGGCAACCGUCUCCAUCUAUGUGGAUGAUAUCAACGAGGGCCCCAUCCUGUCCCAGAGCCACUACGAGGUCACCGUCAGAGAGGGGGAGGAGCCAGGACGGGUUAUUGCCACUAUUCGUGGAUAUGACCCAGACUCACACCCAAUCAGAUACUCGCUCAGAGGAGACACAAAGAGGUAUUUCUCCAUUGGGAAGUACUCAGGUGAGCUGAAGACUGUCCAGGCCUUGGACAGAGAAGAAAACAGCACCUACACCAUGGAGGUCAUGGCUGAAGAUGGACGGAACUCUUCUCUGUCAGCUUCAACACUGGUCACAGUCCAUAUCCUGGAUGUGAAUGACAACAGUCCGGUGUUGGUGGGAGACUACUCCUGGAAGUACCUAUGUACCCCACGCUGGGAGGACCAGGCCUUGGUGCUGGCAUCCCGGGACAGUGAUGGUCCCCAGCACGGUGGCAGGCUCAACUUCUCCCUCCGCAGUGACGCCACUGUGCGCGGCAACUGGAAACUCACCCCCAUCAAUGACACCCAUACCAACCUGUCCCUGAACAUCCCAUACCUGUCUCCUGAGGUCUACACGGUCCCCUUCACCAUCUCUGACAGCAGCUCUCCUCCCAGGAGCACCUUCAUCAACCUGCCAGUGACGGUGUGCCCAUGCAAUGUGAGAGGAAACUGCAGGACCGCCGCUAAGCAGCUGCAAGGCAUGCCAACCGUCCAGUCCACCGUCGGCAUCCUACUGGGAACCUUGGGGGUCAUAGGAAUCAUUCUAAUCGUUGUGUUUGUGAGGCUGUCCUACCAGAACCCCAAACCUCCGAGCAAAACCAACCAGGAGAGAGAACCCCUGAGGAUCUCACUGUGAGGGUACUGCCUGCAUAUGUCUCCGACUUUGCCCAUAUGGACAGGGCCAUGAUAGUAGAGCAAUGACAUAGUGAGAAUGUUUAUUCAGUACUGUGCAUAGUAUUUACCUAGUGGGUAGUUCUUAUAUUGCGGUGGUAUUUGGGCAGUGCAUUUUUUUAUUUAUAGUAAAUGUAUUUGGGUACAUCUUCCCAGUAUAAAUCAACUAAUGGCAGCUUAAUGACUUUAAAUCAUUUUUACCAUUAUGAUAACAUUGUACCACCAGUAGGAGUACAUUUUAGGUAAAUUAGGAUUUUCUGAAAUGGAGGCCAAGUAUACUAAAAUCUAAGGUCAUUAACCCUUUAAAGAUCACUUACUAAAGUGAUAUGAGUAAUAAUUCUGCUCACAAUGUAAUUUUCCUUCAUUUAAAUAGAGCAACACCAUGCAAGACUUUGGAUUUAGACACAUCAAAUGAUCAAUGGAAUCCUUAAAUGUAUGAUAUACUAAAAGGGUAUGAUUAGCUUGUAAUUGUAUUUAAUAGACCAUUCCCCCAUUAACAGUUUGCCACUGGAGGGAAUGCUCACUAGUGGGAAACACACUUGCGUGUUGUGGAACACACCUUCCAAGUUGCUCAUUAUUUUGCAUAGAACGCAUGCCUCUCGUUGAUUAUCCCUUACGUAAUGAAUGAUUUUCGAGGCGGUAACACCAAUGAUAUAAAACUGAGGGAAACGUUAUAUUAGUAAAACAUACUUUUUUUUAAUAGUCUACUGUUUUUAUAGAUCUUUACAAUCUGUUUAAUACUUUUGUUUACUUUCUAGCAUUCAAAAUAAUAGAUAGAUAUCUCUAAAUCCCCCAAAACAUGUCACAACAACCAGAGCCAUAGAGUAUACUGUAUAUAGCGAGAGUUUGGCCAAUGUAAUUUCUGUCUGAACGCGCUGAAAGAGACACUUUUUGCUCCAUAGCCAUUGCCAAGUGAUAAUCAACGCUUCCACGCUGUAAUGUUUAUUUCUGGUCGUUUUUAAAAACCUAUGAAGAUGUCCCGCGAAAGUGGAAAAAUGCCAUUUGUUGACACCACAACACAGUAGAGACUUGGAUACACAUUAUUCAGAAUGCUGAUAAUUAAAAAAACUUUGCUGCUCUGUUUUGCUUGUUUACAGACCCCUCAUGAAAAAGUACUACUGAAUUACUACACAAAACCUACUGAUUUUACUACUUGAUUGCUAUUGAGAUAUGUAGUAAACCAGUAGUGAUUUAUGUAAUAAUUUAAGUAGUAAUGAGUGAUAAAUUGGGACAUUUUAUGACUGGUGAACACAACAUAUUUCCUACUCAAAUCACUACAUAAUUCUCCCUUAAUGACUACUGUGUAACUACAUAGCAGUUUCUAAAUGUAGUUAUAUCAUCAAACAAUUAUAUAUACAUUUUGUAUUUGUAUUAAAUUAAUGACAUAUUAAAUGACACAUUUCCACUUUUAUGUUAAUCCAUUUCAGGCCUUGUCUUCAUUCAGCUUUGACUUAACUAUCUUUAGAUCCUGUUUUCUGUUGCAGCAACAUUUCUCCACCACGUAACCUUUUAGAAAAUACAGACAAGCAGAAGAGACAACCAAUUAUAAGCCAUUACCAAUCAUCAGCUAACAGAGGUCACAUAAAACAACACAGAAAAACAUUUGGUGGUCUCUAGUCUUCUUAUGUCAAAAGAGGUAAGUAGAAUGGCUAAGUAUACCAAUAUGAACAUACCCAACAUUUGCAUACAAACACACAUACUAAUUAACUAGCAUGACAAAAACAGAGGCUACAUAUCUACAUUUCAAUGUGGCUAGCAAACAACUAGGCUAAACUCAAUACAUCUCUAUGACAAUGGCUAACGGCUAAUACCGUUUUGGCUAGCAAUCUUGUUGAUGUAGUAAAAAGCAAUAUAAAUGGCUAAACAACAAUAUAAAUGGCUAAAAACUCCACUUGAUUGCUAUAGACACGCCUGUGUAGUAAAGCUGUAAUGUUUAGACUACUUAUUUAUCAACAUCAAGUAGUAAAAAUGUAUACCUGAUUACUACUGGAAACACUACUGUUUUCCUACUGAAUACUACAAAACUCUACUUGUGUAUCUUGAGUAAUGCAUAAUCUACAUAUUCACUACACACUCCCUACAAAACUCUACAUAGUCACUACUGCACAAAUAGGUUCUGUGUAGUAAUUCAGUAGUACUUUGUCAUGAGGGGUGGGUCAUUUCAUAGGGAAUUGUCGGAGACGCUCUCGUAACCAAAAUAUCACCAAAAUAUUGUGAAUAAAGGUGCCAACAAGUAUUUUGUUGGACAAUGUAUAUUAUGUAUAACAUGCGUAUCCCGUACAUACGACUAAGAAAACUGGAAACCAACAUGGCGUCCGUUCUAAAAACCUGGCUGAACUCUCAAUAUAUGACACCGACUACAACUCUACUGGGUCACAACUGGGACAAGGCAAUUUGCUAACCCUAAAUAUUUUCAAAAAUGCAUAAACAUAAAGGCAGUAUAAAUGGCUUGUAUUAUAUUUUAUCAUAGACAAAAACAUGUUUGAAAUGUAACUAUUCGUCAUUUGAAAGUGUUUUUGAUGGUUUUAAAUGCCACCGCAAUUCAAGAACCACCCAAGUUGUAGACUUUUGGCAUUGCUCAUCUACAGCAUUUAUGAGACAUUUGUUGCGUUUCAGUUAUAGUAUCUGUCAUAUUUUGUGACACACACAAUACUCGCAAUUACAAUAUUAUCAUUAAUUAAGAUUGCGUCAUACUGCUAUGCAUUAUAGGGAUGUUACAUUUAGUUAUUUUAGCAUUUUAUCUAUUUCAAAUAUUGACAUGUAAUGAUUUGUAAGAAUCAGUAGGUUUUUCCUGUUUAAUGUUGAUUUUAAACCUUGUAAUUAAAAUGCACGAUGCCAAAUUUAAUCUAUUCUUCGCACCAUAUCAUUCCACUGAUUACAUUUCACAUUGUAAUAAAACUAUUGA